GCGGUCAGAGGAAGUCUCGGCGGCUUCCGGAGCCAAGGCGCCUACAGGGGUCCGGCAAAGGUCCUGGGCAUCCAGCUCGAUGCGCGCGUCUCGUGCAGCUGGAAGGACAGCGGGCGGCACGGAAUGGCCGAGUGGAAGAGCUGUGCACCCGUGGCAUCUCCCGAGCGGGAUCCCCUGACCUGGUUUGGGAUCUUGGUGCCCCAGAGUCUGCGACAGGCCCAAGGAAGUAUCCGGGCAGCUCUGCUGAUGGCUGGGGAGACUUCAGGGCUCCAGAGCCGAGUCCAGUCCGGAAGAGCCCAGAUUCAAGCCGUACACCCGGAGAAACAAACUGGUCAGCUGAAGAUGGCUGGAGCACAUUCUCUGACAUUGGGAGUCCAAAUCAAUGAUUUGGUUUUUUGUUUGAUGCCUUUCUGGCCUCUGCCAUUAGGUCCUUCCUAGACCUUGGCUGUUCCUUAUCCUGUCCCCCCCCCCCACCUUUGGGAAUUGCCUAGGUUAUGAAGCUCCGUUCCUUCUUUCUGACAUUCAAAGCUAUGCCAAAAAAAAAGAAAUCACAGUAGUUAUAGAACCAGACAAAAUCACAAGGUGGGCGGGGGUGGCAAUAGGUGUAAGACCUCAAGAGAAACGAUAGCCCAAAGGGGUGGCAAAGUUCUGUCACAAGGAAACAUCGUGCUUCUAAAAGUCACGAAAACUACUUGUAAGUAACAUGAACAAUAGAUUGCUAGAGCAAGAUCCCUGAAGGAAACAGACAUAUUCCAGUGUUAAGCCACAAAACACCAAGUUGGGUUGUGAGGGAAGAGCCCCCAGCUAAUAGAAAAAGUGUUGGGAGAACUAGAAAACACUGGUAGCAUUGGGCUCAGACCAGUGGGCUUUGCCUCCUUGAAACCCUGAAUGACUUUAUGACCUAAAUAACAAAAGAUUGCCUCCUUAGAGGCUGAAUGGGCCUUUUGAGAUUGUCACUGAAGGAGAGAAUUCUUAAGUAAAAUAGAGUACUAUAGAAAGAAAGGUCCAAAGUUCUCCCUGUCCGAAAGUCCUUCACUCUUAUCUGUGUCCCCUUCUUGGUUUGAUUCUCUUGGCCUCUGGCCCAGACAGCCAUUUUCAGCCUCAUCUCUAAUUUAUCCCAACCAGCUGAGGUCUUUGAGCACUGGGCCUAGGGCUGGCCGAGACUCUCAGCCUUUGGUGUCUGGUAGUGGCCUAGGCCUUAGGGCCCCGAGGCGACCUGGAGAUGCUCCUCAACUAUUUACAGUUUGAAUAAAUCUGGGCAGGAACAGGGAA